AUGACGCUGGGGGAGGAGAAGUUCACGUGCCCUCAGCAGCCCGCCGGGGUCGUGCCACCACCGCUGGUGCAGCACCUGAGGAUGGAAGACAACCAGCAGAUCGGCAUCUUUUGGUCUGGCCAGCAAGGAGAAGGGCAGGGCCGACUGUAUUUGGGUUCUGCCGCCAUGGAGAACGAACAUUACUCCCAGCAGUACGCCUUGGCAGCACACCUAGGGGAGCAGGGCUGGUACGACAUCUCAGUGGAGUCCAUCACCGUGGGCGGUGAAACCUUGACGGGACUCAACUGCGACCCGGUGAACGGGCAGACGUGUAUCCUGGAUACGGGCACUCCUUCCAUUGUGCUGCCGGGUCAGGCCUACGACUUGGUUCAGGAGGCUGGCUCUGGUUCUUUGUCCUUCCAAUUGACAGGCGUGGGAGAUGGUCCAGUGACGCUGAACUUUGAUCUGCAAAAGCUCACGGAGAUGGGUGCGAUCAGCAAGGGCAGCAAAGGAGCGGAACUGUGGUCCUUUGUGGGGAGAUGA